AUGACUAAAACACAGGAGGAGAUGAUGAGGAAGGACCUGACUGAGCUAGGGAGUGCCAUGAGGACAUUUGCCAAUAAGAAUGACGGACUGGAGCAAGCCGUGAGAGCCAUGGAACACAGGCAAGAGAGCACUGAAAAAACCAUUAAGAACUUGGAUCAGAAGUAUGAGAGCAUGGUGAACAUGAUGGCACAGAUGAUGGCCAAGUUGACUGACAAGGAAAAAGGAGAAGAAGGAAGCAGCUCAGGAGGAUAUCAGAAAUUAGAUCUGGUCAGCAAAAAACCUGAGAAAGCAGAAAAUAGAGGAGGGAACAGGUUGCCAAAACUUGACUUCCCUGUGUUUGAUGGAGAGAACCUGAGGGAAUGGGUCAGGAGAGCCAACAAGUACUUUCAGAUCCAGGGGGUGGAAGAGGAGCUAAAAUCUGAUCUGGCUCAAUUGCACCUCAAGGGGAAGGCAGACAUCUGGUUCCAUGGAAUGUACCAUAGAAGAAUUGAAGUUCCUUGGGAGGAGUUGUCCAUGGCCAUAUGCGAGAGAUUUGGAGGAGGAACACCAGAAGAGACCAUAGAAGAGUUCAAUAAGCUGACUCAGACAGGAAGUGUGACUGAUUACCUGGAAAAAUUCGAACUGCUCAAAUCCCUGGUAAUGCCUCUACUACCUAACCAACUUGACUCCUAUUAUAAAUCCUGUUUUCUGAGUGGCUUGAAGGGUGAGAUUGUAAAUAUGGUGAGAAUGGCUAGACCUCACACUUUAGCAGAUACUAUAGAAGCUGCUAAGCUGCAGGAGAAGAAUUUAGAAGUUAUAAGGAAGGCACAGAGGGCACUACCCCACGGAGCCCUAUACAACUCCAAUUCCAUGGGACACAGUAGGCCAAACCUUGUCCCACAACUGAGGAACAAAUGGCACAAUGAAGGUUCUAAGGUACUCGGGGACAGUGACCACAGGGGGCACAAGGUAGGGGGAAACACAGCAGACAAAUUCAGGAAAAUCUCUCCUACAGAGUUCAACUACAGGAGGGAGAAAGGAUUGUGCUACAAGUGUGCAGAACCAUACACUUUAGGCCACAUCUGCAAGCAAGCUCAGAUUCAGUAUAUAUUGGAGGAGGAACCAACUGAGUUAAUUGAAGUAACUGAAGGGGGAAUAGAUGAAGGGGAAGAGUUCUGUGACUGUAUUGAGGGAGAAAUCAGUAAUGAAAGGAUAGAGGUUUCAAUUCACACAUUGUCUGGAGGAAAUGGACACAACACCUUUAAACUUAAGGGGGUACUUGCAGGAAGGGAACUCCUAAUUCUGGUUGACAGUGGCAGCACCCAUUGCUUUUUGGAUGAAAGGUUGGUUUCUCACCUACAACUGCAAGUGGCAGGAACCCCCCUGACAGUAAGAGUCGCUAAUGGGGAAAGAUUGGAAUCUAGACAACUCAGCAGACCCCUGAAUUGGAAGAUACAGGGACAUGAGUUCCAGCACCACUUCAACACUUUGCAGCUGGGGAGCUGUGAUAUGGUGCUGGGGGUGGACUGGCUGGCCAGAUACAGCCCCAUCGAAUUUGACUUCAACCAGCUGAGCAUGAAGUUCUCAAAAGGGAAGGAGGAAGUGGAGUUAAAGGGUGAAUCUAAUAAACUAAAACUGACAGCCAUUAAAGGAAGCAAGUUGGCAAAGUGGAGAAGGAAGCAAGAAUAUGGAGUGACUGCAUUUCUCACUAUAAUGGAGGAAGGACAGGAAGGACAGGAAGAUGUGCCAGCAGAAGUGAAGCAGAUGCUGAACCAGUACCAGGAUAUAUUAGCUGAACCACAGGGCCUACCUCCUCCUAGGAGCCAUGACCAUGGGAUACCACUCAAGGAAGGUGCCAGGCCAUUCCAAAUCAGGCCCUACAGAUGUCCCUAUGUGCAGAAGUCAGAGAUAGAGAGGCUGGUCAGGGAAAUGCUGCAAAUGGGAGUUAUACAGCCUAGCAAUAGCUCCUUUGCCUCUCCAGUCCUGUUAGUCAAAAAGAAGGAUGGAAGCUGGAGGUUUUGUGUGGACUACAGGCAACUCAAUGAGCUCACAGUAAAGGAUAAGUUUCCAAUGCCUCUGAUUGAUGAGCUGAUUGACGAAUUACAUGGAUCCAAGUAUUUCACUAAAAUUGAUCUAAGGGGGCAGGUUACCAUCAGAUCAGGGUCAAAAUAG